AUGCAACAAAUAUAAUUACAAACUGUCACUCAAGACUAAGAAGCUUACAACAGGAAUGCAUUACAAAUUAUUGAAAAGUUCAAAUCUAAUGAUAAUGAUUUAAUCGAUACCACCCUUGAAUAUGCUGUCAAAAUUUUCAAUUCAAAUGAACCACCCUUAAGGAAAUUAUUAGUCUUGAGAGUAUUGUCAAUCAUAUCUUAGCUGAUCAAAGAUGCAAUCGUCAUAAAAUCUGGCAAAUUUAUAAACAAAUAUAUUUAAACUAGACCUUUGUUGACAUUUAUUGGAAAUAUUUGUACUCAUAAAUUAGGAGAUUCUAAUCUCAAUCGAGGUGCUGAUUUAUUUAAUGGACAAGGUUCAAUUUGGUAUUAGUCUAGAUUCCCAAUCAAGCAUUGAAUUUUUAAACUUGGCUCUCUAAUUGGUUGAAUUCCUUGCUACAACAUUUCCAAAGGAUUCUAAGGGAGCACCUACUAAAUUUAAAAUUUAAUAUGAUGAAUUAGUCUAAAUGGGAGUACAUGUUUCAUCUAAAACUUUAGGUUAAAUUCCCACCUCAAUCUAGUCUUAUUUUCCCAUUUGAUCCCAACAAAGCUUCUCAAAAAUAGCAAAACAAUAAUAAAGAGAGAGAUGAAACUAUGAAGAAAUUAAGUAACUACAAAUUAUUACUUAAGAUGAAAGCAAGCAAACCAUUUACUAAGAUAUUGAAUUGAUCAAUGAAUCAUUAAUUAAUGAUUCUGAUAUGGAAAGCGUUAAUGAAGUAUUAGUUACUUUAAGUGAAUCUAUGAGCUUCAUAGAAAAAUAAUUUGCAAGUCUCAUUAACUAGGCCAAUAAGUAUGAUGGGGUUUUGAGGGAAGAUGAAUAAGCAGAACUAUACGCUCUUUAAGAUUUCGUUGAGAAAUUCCAAAAAUACUAUUAUUAUUACCUAGAAAAAGAAUGUAGUUCCGAUGCUUAUAAUUAAUUAAAAAAGAGGACUUUGGCUCACAUUUAGAAAAUAUAAAAUAGGGAUUUCGAUCAUCCUCCUCCCUAAUAACAAAAGCAGCCAAUAUAAAAUCAAUCUCUGUAAUUCUAAUCGUAAAUUUAAUCCUAAUUCCAAAAUGAGAAUGAAAUGUUGAGGAGAGCAAUUGAGGAAUCUAAAAUAUAGCAACAAAAUUCUUUAAUUUAAUAGAGGUAAUUUGAAGAGUAAAAGAAACAAGAGGAAAUUAAAAAAUAGUAAGAAGAUGACUAACGUUAAGUAAGGCUUAGAGAAGAAUAAAUUAAAUUGGAGUAAUAAAGGGCAGAAGAAUAAAGGAAAGCAAAUGAAAAAAGAGAAAAUGAAAGAAAAGAAAAAGAAAAGUCAGAGUAAAUUAGAUAAGAAUAAUUAAGAUUGGAAGAAAAAAGAAAAGAACAAUAAAGAUUAGAGCAGUUAAAAUAAGAAUAAAAUAGAUAAGAAGCGAUAUAAUAACAAUAAUCAUAGAUGAAACAGAGAGAAAUUGAAAAUUAUUGGAAUAAUUAAUUUCAAACUCCUAAUCCAGAUAAUUAGUAAUAAAAUAAAUUAUUUGAUAGAUUAGAUAAUAAAAUAAAUCUUAGCAUUCUACAAUAAGUGACCCCAACAAAAUUAGGAUCAUAUACAAUUCCCUAAUAAUAAUAAUAACACGCUUAAUCUUAUUUGGAAUCAUCAUUCUAAUAAUAAAAAUCAGAUAAUUAAUAAAAAAAUGGAGUAAUUAAUACUAACUAUAUUUAUUCUACUGUUAAUUAGUAAUAACAAUAAAAAUAGCUGAAUAAAUAAACUUAUGCAAACUAACUUCAAUAAAAUUAUAAUAAUUCAUAAUAGUUUCAAGAUUAAAAUACAAGAUAAUAACUUCCGAUGAAUCAUAUUACCUCUAAUAUUGGAAAAAGAAAGGAAUUUUAUGAAAAUUUCGAUGGAUUGAGUCAAUCUACUUUAACUUAAUCAUUUUUCCCUUUGAAAAUGGAUCAAUAAAUACCUAUAAAAUAAUAUAUCGGAAAAUUCUUUAAAUAUGAAAAUACUUAAUUUGAGUUAUUACAUACAUAUGGAUUAACAGAAUCACAAAAGAAUCGUUUCAAAAUAGCCACUAUAAAGGGUAGAGCAGCAUUAGUAAAUUCUCCAUAACUUUAAGUCGGGAUUAAAUAAGAAUUAUAAUAUGUUCCUUUGAAGGAGAAAAACUAUUUAAAACUAACCUUAUACAUUGGAAAUAAAACUCAAUCCAAUUUUGAUAGCUGUAAAAUACAAUUUGAAGGAGAUAAUAGAUGUAUUUAUUUUUAAUAUUUUUAAGAAUUUUCAAUGUGGUUAAAACCAGAUAAGAUGGUAGAUAAAAUUGACGCUGGGUAAUAAAUAUAAUAAGAAGUGAUAGGAAUUUUUAAAUAGUAUGAAAAUUAUAGAUUAAUAAAUGUAAUAUUUGCUGGUAAUUAAUUAUUUUUAAUUUAUGUUUAGCUGAAUGGGCAAACAAAUAAAUAUCAGCAAAUUUCUUUUUAACAACCACGUUAGUUUCCUUUAUGGAUUUCAAAGAUAUCAACCUAUAAAUUUUUAGAACAAAAUGGAGAUAAAAGAAAACAUAAAUUUUGAGAGGAGAAACAUUUAUACUCAAUCCAAAAAUAGUGAAAACAGGAAACUAUUUAAGAAAGUAUUAAUUUGAAAUAAAUUAGGAUAUUUCCAAAGUUAUGUGAGUUCAACUCUUAUUCAUUAUUUUAGGACCAAUAAUUGGAUUACUUUAAUGAUAAAUAAUUGCAAUAUAUUUCUUAUAAACUUUGUAAAAAUAAGCUUUAAACUAGGUGGUAUUUUUGAAUUGACUAAUGUGAAUUAAGAUUAUAUGAUUAAAUUUAUAGUUUUGCCAAACAUGUAAUGUACAAUACAAAUAAUUGGAAGCAAUGAACAUUUGUGUAAAUAAAUGUUGAGUACACUUCAUUGGAUAUUGGGCUUAGAAUGA